UGAAGCCUGUGGUAUAUUGUGUCAGUCAUUUCUUUGACUGGCGAAAUCCAUCGCCUCAUCACGUUGUCGCCAUGUGCCCCUCCGACACAAAUACCAGAGAAACGCCUGAAGAAACAAGAGAAACAUGGGGUCAUCGAGUGGAUGGCAUCAUCACCUUGCUGGGCUACAGUGUGGGGGAAGGAACUUUGCUGAAGUUUCCUUACCUGUGUGCAAGGAACGGCGGAUGAGCAUUCCUCAUCCCCUACCUGGUGUUUGUGGGCCUCUGUGCUGUACCGCUGUACUUCUUGGAAGUGGUCAUUGGCCAGUACUAUCGAAAGGGCCCUGUCGAAGUUUGGAAGUUUUGUCCUGCCAUGAAAGGCCUUGGCUUGGGCACAGCGCUGGUGUCGCGGAUAUACGCCAUGUACACAUCCAUGUACUUCUCCUGGUACCUCUACUACUUCAUCAACUCCUUCUUCAACCCUCUCCAAUGGUCCACGUGUGGGAACUCCUGGAACACGCCUAGCUGUGUGGAGUCGACGCUAUAUGGACAUGCUGGGAUGAACACCACAGUCAAUGGCACUGUUCCACUGCAAGACGUCAACACUACACACUGGGUUCACCCGAAUGUGUCUUCUGGGAGAUUUGCUAGUGCUUCAGAAGAAUUCUGGAGAUAUAAUGCACUGGACAUCUCGAAUGGCCUGGAUGAUACUGGAUCCAUUCGGUGGCCGUUGUUUGGGUGUCUGACCUUCACCUAUGUCACCAUGUACGUCAUGCUGUUUAAAGGCAUCCGGGUCACGGGCAAGAUAUGGAUCGAAGCGUGUGGCUACGCCCUUCACUCAAUGGGCACCAGCACUGGGAUCGCCAACACCAUUUCCAGUCACAAUCAGCGGAGCAGUAACUGCUGCAGAGUGGCGAUGGUUCUGUGUAUCGUGGACCCCCUGAUCACCAUCUUCUGUGGACUGUCCAUCUUCACGGUGUUGGGGCACAUGGCGCACGUGACCGGGUCCAAAAUGGACAAUUUCCAGUCUUCAGGUCUUAAUCUGGCGUUCUCUGUGUUACCGGAAGCCGUGACUUAUCUCCCCCUGUCCCAGUUAUGGUCCGUGCUGGUUUUCAUGACCAUGAUGACAUUGGGCCUUGAUACGACGGUUCCGAGUUUAGAGAUCACCCAGGAGACGAUAGCUGACCAAUUUCCGUCACUGGCCAAGCGUCGGUGGCUUCUUCUCCCGAUCGUGUUUCUUCCUUGCUUCCUCCUCGCUCUUCCUUAUACCACCCAGGCCGGUGUCUACGUACUGACCCUCGUAGACUGGUAUGCGUCGGUGCCCCCUGUGAUGCUGUUUGGGGUGGUGGAGUGUAUCGUGCUGGCCUGGGUGUUUGGGGUACACAGACUGGAUAAGUGCACGGAGGAGAUGUACGGACAGAGAAUUCCAAAAUGGCUGGCUUUCCUCAUGAAGUACAUUACACCGGGACUUCUCGUGAUUAUAUUUGGGUACGCCUUCUACGAGUACCGGCCUCCAAAAUACGGCACUUACUUCUACCCUGAGUGGGCAACUGCGAUUGGCUGGCUUAUAUCGGCCUUCAUGAUUGUGCCCACCCCGUGCUGAUGGUUUACUGUGUAUGGAAGUCCAGAGGGGACACAUUCAAAGAGAAACUGGUGAAUGCAUUUAUUCCGCAAGAUGUACCGACGGAUAUCUCACUAGACGACAGAUGUGAAGAGAAAGAAACCCUCAACGUUGCCACGUAAUCGCCUGUUCCACUAGCACAUCUUUUAUAAUCCAUUCUAUCCAUUCCAUGAUCUAUUUCCAUUCUGUUGUGAUCAAUAACCUGGAAUCAACUGCUAUCAUAGACCAGGAAGUGACGUAACCGAAUCUCUCCUCAGCAACCCAUUCGUCACCAAUCGCCCCUUUCCAUAAACUCCAAGAAGACUCGUCCCCAUUCAUUCGUCACCACUCGCCCCUUCCAUAAACUCCAAGAAGACUCGUCCCCGUUCAUUCGUCACCACUCGCCCCUUCCAUAAACUCCGAGAAGACUAGUCCCCGUUCAUUCGUCACCAAUCGCCCCUUUCCAUAAACUCCGAGAAGACUAGUCCCCGUCCAUUCGUCACCACUCACCCCUUUCCAUAAACUCCGAGAAGACUCGUCCCCGUCCAUUCGUCACCACUCGCCCCUUUCCAUAAACUCCAAGAAGACUCGUCCCCCGUCCAUUCGUCACCACUCGUCCCUUUCCAUAAACUCAAAGAAAACUCGACCCCCGUCCAUUCAUCACCACUCGCCCCUUCCAUAAACUCCAAGAAGACUCUUCCCCCGUCCAUUUGACACCACUCGCCCCUUUCCAUAAACUCCAAGAAGACUCGUCCCCCGUCCAUUCGUCACCACUUGCCCCUUUCCAUAAACUCAAAGAAAACUCGACCCCCGUCCAUUCAUCACCACUCGCCCCUUCCAUAAACUCCAAGAAGACUCGUCCCCCGUCCAUUCGUCACCACUCGCCCCUUUCCAUAAACUCCAAGAAGACUCGUCCCCCGUCCAUUCGUCACCAAUCGCCCCUUUCCAUAAACUCCAAGAAGACUCGUCCCCCGUCCAUUCGUCACCACUCGCCCCUUUCCAUAAACUCCAAGAAGACUCGUCCCCCGUCCAUUCGUCACCACUCGCCCCUUUCCAUAAACUCCAAGAAGACUCGUCCCCGUCCAUUCGUCACCACUCGCCCCUUCCAUAAACUCCGAGAAGACUCGUCCCCGUACAUUCGUCACCAUUCGCCCAAUCGAUUCGGCUUGUCCCGAAAUA